GAAUAGUACCUAUGCAGAGACAACAAGAGCUUCCCCCAGCAGUCCCAAAGCAAACCUGAAGCCACAAAAGACCACGCAGCCCGUCAGGCCAGCCCAUAUGCCACAAUGGAUAUACUGAGGAAACACCUGGACGAGACCUGUUCUGCAGCUGUUAAAGAGAUCCAACAAGUGCCCUCAGGCUUGGCAAUCUGGCCUAAGGAUGGACUGGGCCUCCAGCUCCUCACAGAACACAAGGAGCUCCUGGAAUGCCUCAUACAGGGUGUGACGGUCUCGAGCAAUAUGAGUAUAUUGGUAGAUUAUCUGACGAAAUUCUAACAUGAGGAGAGAAAGGAAAAGAGACAGGCCUGCCGGCGAUGAGCUAUCUAAUGUGUGCGAGGGGUUUAAGCGAGGCUCAGUGAAUGUCC